AUGGCCACCUCGCCCGCCCGGGCCGCGCCGCCCCGGGCCGGCGGCGCGGCGGGCGGCCGCGUGGCGCUCGUGCUGGGGCUGCCGCCGGGCUUCGACCUCGCGGCCGCGGCGUGCUCGUACGGCUUCCGGGCGGUGUGGGCGGCGCUGCGGCAGCGCGCCUGCCCGCGCGCGCUGGAGGUGCGCGUGCCGCGCGGGUGCCCGCGCCUGCGCACCGCGGACGUGCGCGGCCUCGAGGCGCAGGUCCGCCGCAUGCUGCGGCUCCGCGCGGGGGACGCGGCGGUGGCGCGCCGCUUCGGCGCGCUGUGCCCCGACUUGGCCGCCGGGGGUCCCGUGGGCAGGCUCUUCCGCUCUCCGACGCUCUUCGAGGACCUGGUCAAGACGGUGACCCUCUGCAACUGCGGCUGGGGCCGCACCAUCUCCAUGAACGAGGCGCUCUGUGGGCUGCCGUCCGCGGCCGCCGGGGCGGCGGGCGCCUUCCCGACCCCGGCCGAGCUCUCGCGCACCACGCCCGCGCGGCUGCGGCGCUCCUGCGGGGUCGGCUACCGCGCCGAGCGGCUCGUGCGCCUGGCCAGAGCCUGCGUCCGUGGCGAGGUCCCCCUCGCCAGCCUGGACGCCGCUGGCCCAACCGCGGAGACCGCCCAGAGCAUCGCGGCGAUCCACGGCUUCGGGCCCUUCGCCGCCGCCAACGUGUUGCAGUUGCUGGGCGGCUACGAGCGCAUGCCCCCCGGGAGCGCCCCGCCACGCCCGAGCGGCAGAGGCGCGCGGCUGCCGCGGCGUGACGCUGGCCAACGUGGGCGCGCGGGCGGCGAGGGUCUAUGCCCCGUACGCUCCGUUCCAGUUCCUGCGGUACUGGACCGAGCUGUGGCGAACCUACGAGCAGCGGAUGGGCGGCCCGGCCAGCCAGGUGGACCCCAGCCGCUUCUCGCUCCUCACCGGCGCGCACAUGGACGCGGAGCGGCUGCCGCCCGCCGGCCAGCCGCUGGGGACCGCCGCGCCGGCCGGGCGCGGCAGGAGCCGUGCUUUCCCGCGCCGCCGCCGGCGCCGGCCUCGAAAGCUGCGCGGAGGGGGUAG